AUGCAGCUAAGAGAGGACUGCGUCACGCUCCAUGAGAAGUUUAAGCGUGAGCAUGCUCUCAUUGAAAAUGAGUGCCCGGCGGUGUUGCUUAGAAAUGAGUAUUUCAGUCAGAGUGCGUUGGGAGCCGCGCAGCAGGCAUACUCGAGGUCAAUGAGAUCCAUAACCCGGCUGCUCGCUGCUCAUUCGGAUCCACAGACAAACUCAUCAGCGGCAGCAACUACUGUCAGUCACACUCAACGAGGCAAGCUCCUGGAGAUUAAGCUUCCGCAAUUCUCUGGCAACUACACAGAAUGGCUGCUGCAGGCCAAGAGACGCAUUCCACCGAUGCGUAUUGGCAGCGUUGGGUCGCUGAUGGAUUUAUCAACGGAGAGUCGAAAACUCCACAGGCUUAUUUCUGGCCUUGGCUCUGCUCAAGAGGUGCUGGAUGCCUUAUUCGUGGAUGAGCUGCUCCAAGCGUUGGAUCGACCCACCAAAGAGGCGUGGGGAACAUCGACAUCUGCAAGAGCCGACUUCCUGGCGUGCCAAGCCUUAGAGAAGUUUUUGAUCGAGCAGGCCCAAGCCUUGGAGAUGAUUGAUGCUCAGUCAACCAAGAGACAAGAUAACUCACCCACAUCUAGUAAGACUCGAUCCAAACCGAGCAAAGCUCAGCACGCUCAUACAGGUCAAACUCAACCGCUCGGCAACACUCAACCAGGCAGCAACGCACAGCAGAAUCGGGUUGGGAAUUCGGCUCGGUCGCAGGAUGACAGACCGGCUACUCCAGUGCUUCCGUGCACGUACUGCAACCAGCAACACUUUAUUGCUCGCUGUCCGGCAUUCGCAGCCCUCUCCAUUGACCAACGAUACCAGUUCGUGGAUGAAAAGCCUUUGUGCUUCAACUGUUUGGGCCGCCAUGCUGCUGCUAAGUGUAUGAACACGAAGAGAUGCCAAACCUGUGCAGUAGCCCAGGUACGUGCUCCAGCUGCACAUCAUCAUCUCAGGCUUCUCAUCGAUCAAGGUUCAGAAUUAUCAUAUAUUUUGGAAGAUGCUGUGAAGCGUCUGCAGCUGACGCGCACGAACGUCGAUGUGGUGCUACACAUCUCGCCUAGAAUAACAGCUCCACUACCAUCUUUUCAAUGUAAGACAAGAUCGUGGCUGCAUACGGAGAUUCUGGAGUUAGCUGACCCCCAUUUCUAUCUGCCACGAGACAUAAGCUUGCUACUUGGCACUGACUACUAUUCAGCUAUAAUCACCUCAGAUUUGCUCAGAGGUUCUUUAUCAGAACCUAUCGCUCAACGUACACUGUUUGGUUGGAUUUCAUCGGGUUGCGUUAACCACCCUCUUACAAAGAAUCAUAGUCACACUCACCAUGUCGUUUUAAAAAUAGAAAAUAAACUUCAGAAAUUACUCAUCAACUUCUGGAUUCAAAAAGAGGUCCCUUCAAAGUCAAGCUCGCAGCUUACACCAGAGGAACAAGAGUGUGAGGAACACUUUGUGCGAACUCACUCUCAGGAUAGCACCGGAAGAUACGUGGUCAAACUUUCUCUGAAGCAAUCUCCAUCUCUGCUGGGCAAUUCAGUCAACCGUGCUCGUAAAUACUUCGAUCGCACGGUGGCCAGGCUCAAAACAGACGAUAAGUCGGACAAGCUCUAUACAGAUUUCAUGAAUCAAUAUUUGAGUCUUGGCCAUAUGCGACCAGUGCCUGCAGAUGAGCUCAACAUCAAGCUUUAUUUUUAUGUGCAUCAUCACGGCGUAUUAAAGGAAGAUGGAGACAAUGCCAUAAUCAGGGUGGUUUUCAAUGGAUCAGCCCUUAUUUCCUCUGGACAUUCACUCAAAAGCAUAACUCACACGGGACCUAAUCUACUGCCCAUCAUAACAGAUAUACUCUUCUGGUUACGCACAUUCAAAUGGACUUUCUCUGUGGACAUCUCCAAGAUGUAUCAUCAGAUCAAGGUUUAUCCAGACGAUUGGGAUCUUCAGCGAAUUAUCUGGCAUAGCAAAACUCACGAGGAAGCUCACUUCCAGCUCACCACAGUGACCUACGGGACGAGGCUUGCUCCAUUUCUGGCCACACGCUCCCUACUGCAGCUGGUGAAGGAUGAAGGACACCGUUACUCCAAGGCGGCCCGGAUUCUCACCAGCGGCAGAUAUGUGGACGACAUUUUUGGUGGAGCGGAGACUCCAGAUGAGUUGAACGAGCAGGCCCUCCAACUCAAGGAGCUGUGCAUGGCAGGCGGAUUGUCCCUGGCUAAGUGGCACUUAAACUCGCCAGGAUUCAGUUACUCAAACUCCAUGCACCUUAAGCCUCUCAGUCAAACUCCAACCAAGAGAAUAAUUCUUUCAGAAACAUCUCAAAUCUUCAAUCCUCCUGGAAUAGUUGCUCCAGUGAUUGUUGCAGCCAAACUCAUCAUUCAGGAAUUGUGGCUACCCAAAAUUACAUGGAAUACACCCAUAACAGAUGCUCUCGCUCAGAGGUGGCUACAAAUACGAGAUGAUCUAGCCAAACUCUCUGGAGUGACGGUUCCUAGAUGGCUUGGAGCACAUCUUUCUUCUGCAGUGGAACUCCAUGGCUUUGCUGAUGCGUCUCAGGAUGCUAUGGGUGCUGUGAUUUACCUGGUGAUGAAGUCAGACUCAUCCACGUCAAGCUCAUACGUCUGCUCCAAGACGAAAGUAUCACCACUGAAGAGAAUGUCAAUACCAAGGUUGGAGUUGACAGCAGCUUUCUGGCUAAACUCACUUAAUUCGUUAGUCACACUCUAUUGGAUCCCUUCUCAUCCAAAUAAGUGGAAGGACUACGUCAGAAAUCGAGUUGCAGCAAUUCAGGAUCUGGUCCCUGCAGCACAUUGGAGACAUGUCCCUGAAAAGGAGAAUCCUGCUGACUGUGCCUCUAGAGGGAUUCUCACUUUACAGUUGAUUGAGCAUAGGCUCUGGUGGUAUGGACCAAAGUGGAUGAUACAGCCCCAGAAUAGUUGGGCCUCUGCAGCCGAGUAA